AUGAUGAAUGACACAAUCGCAAAAGAGGAGACUGCCCACAAUAACAAUAGUAAAAAGAUUUUUAUACCUACUAUUGGCUCAUUGGGUGAUGUCAUGCCAUAUUUGAUCCUUGCGAAAGAGCUCAAAACACAUGGACAUAUUGUAUGGGUAGGCGUACACAAACGCUUCGAACAACAGGCACAAGAUAUGGGUCGUUUUAUUGUUCUCUUGACUGAAAGUAUUGAUACAAUUGAGCUUGAUGGUGAUAUGGACAUUGUCAUGUCGUCAACACCUGAAGCUAUUGAACUUCAACGAAAUCCUAGCAUUUUUAAACUAAGCUUGAUCAAAAGCAUAUUUUUACCAUUGAUGGAGAAAUGGUUUAAUGGAAUUGUGGCCAAUAUAAAGGAUGCUGAUUUAAUUGUGUUAUCAAUUAAUUCUGCCAUUGUAGGCAUGAGUGCCAUUGAGAAACAUCCUGGUAUAAAAGCAGUUGCAAUCUAUCCUUUUCCUUGUACACCAACAAAUGAAUUUUCUCCUCCUCUGUUAAGUGGAAAAAGUGAAAGUUUAUUUCACUGGAUAAAUUCAUUAAAAUGGAAAAUGUCUAAUUAUGGUAUGUCAUCUAUGUAUGGUGAUAAAAUCAAUCAGCUUCGUGCUUCAAUUAAUCUUCCAGCAAUUAAAUUACUUGAUUAUUGUCAUAAUUUAGUAUCAACUGUUGCAACUGCUACUAUUUAUUCUAAAUAUUUACUUCCUCGUCCUUUAGAUUGGUCUGAAAAUAAUCAAAUGGUUGGUCCUAUUUUUAAUCAAAAUCUUUCCAUUGAUUUUAAGCCAUCAGAAGAUAUUGUUGAAUUUUUGGAAAUGAAUAAAAAAGAAAAGAAACUAUUAUACAUUGGUGUUGGAUCAAUGAUGCAUAUUAUGUUUGGAGAAAAAGAACAAUUAGAAUUUUUAACUGUUAUUCAAGCUGCUGUACUCAAUAAUAAUAAUUGCAAAGCUAUUGUGUCUCUAUCUGGAAUUGAAAUCAAAGAUUUAUUUUUAACUAACAAUGACAAUAAUAAUAUAUUUUAUUUGAAAACAAAUAUUCCACAUACAUGGUUAUUUCCUCAAUUAACAGCUGCUAUACAUCAUGGUGGAGCUGGUACAACACAUACAAGUUUAAAAUUUGGAUUACCAACAUUAAUAUUACCAUUUGGAGCUGAUCAACCAUUCAAUGGUGAUAGAGUAUAUAUCAAUAAAUUAGGGCCAAAACCAAUUCCUGUUCGACAAAUAAAUGUCAAAAAUUUAACAAAUGCAAUACAAGAUCUUCUUAAUACCGAUGAAUAUCAAACAAAUGCUAAAAAAAUUGGUGAAUUGAUUGCUAAAGAAAAUGGUCUUGAUCAUUGUAUAAAAUUAAUUGAAUCACAAUUCAUGUAG